AUGACUAGAAAGGCCUGGAAGCAAUCCCGGCGUGCGCCGCGGCGCGCAGAGCCGGCGACCCGGAAGGUUCGGCGUGGGCCGCGGGAGCAGGGGCGGCAGGGCCUUGUGAGGCUGUUAGUCCUGUGGCGUGCGGAGGCCACGAGGCGGGGACGACAUGGAAGUGUGUUCCAGUUACUAACUGAUCUUAAAGAGCAGCGUAAAGAAAGUGGAAAGAAUAAGCACAGUUCUGGGCAACAGAACUUGAAUACUAUCACCUAUGAAACAUUAAAAUACAUAUCAAAAACACCAUGCAGGCACCAGAGUCCUGAGAUUGUCAGAGAAUUUCUCACAGCAAUGAAAAGCCACAAGUUGACCAAAGCUGAAAAGCUUCAGCUGCUGAAUCACAGGCCUAUGACUGCUGUUGAGAUCCAGCUGAUGGUAGAAGAGAGUGAGGAGCGGCUCACGGAGGAGCAGAUCGAGGCUCUCCUCCACACAGUCACAAGCAUUCUGCCUGCGGGGCCAGAGGCUGAACAGAAGAAAACUACCGACGACGUGGCAAUGGAUGAAGAGGACCCAGCAUAGAAGCGCAGCUGACCAGGUGUCUCACAGAGCUGAAAGGCACAGCAGCCAUUUCCAGGACCUUCAGAGAAUUGUUUAUUUGGAUUUACCCUCUAUUCCAACAGGCCUGAUUUCAUGGUUAGUUGGGUAAAUCACAAAAAAAAGCUUUUCUCAGAAAUAAGCUUAAAAGGAAGACUUGUGUCUCCAGGAGGAGAAAUGAUAAAGACAGGCUAAGCCAGGGCAGAGAGCUAAAGAGGGGAGGGCAAAGUCAAGGAUGAUAAUGACUAGAGCUUUCUGUGGUAAAAAUAUUUUCCCUGUGGCCUUUGCCUGAGCUGUGGGGAGGUCUGUGUCCACAGCUGGUAAAAUGCUCCUAUUUCCUUUCCUGUUGUCUUAAUUAGUUUCAUCUGCUUUCUGUAGCAGCUUCCUAAGCAGGGGCUUAGAGCGUUGUUGGGAGCAGAGCUGGAUUGUGAGAAUCUGAUUAGAUGGCUAAGAUCUCCCAGAGCAGCAAAUAGCUGCUCUGGGUUAAAAUGAGCCGUUGUACUUGGCUCAACUCAUAGGAAUUUCGUCCUAGAGAGCAGUGCAGAUAAGAAUAGAACGAGCCUGGCCAGCCCUUCACGUCUGAAGGCUCCUUUCCUCUGCUGGCACAGUCCUUGUUUACUGGCCCACUACUUAGUCUUAGGUGUUAGGGCCCCAACUCAUUAUGGUUGAAAAGAAACACUUCAGAUUGAAAGACAGUGUCAACAUAUUUACUUGGUGCAAUGAUGGAUGCCUUCUGACAACCCUUAAUUUGUUGUCCUGAAGUAGGAGCUCUGAGCAGGGACCUGUUGCCGCCAGGUGAAAUUCAUUUUUACACAGAGCAGAUCAUUUGGACAUUAAACAGAGGGUGAAAUUAUGUAACCCUUUUCAUGGGCAGAAUAUGUUAGAACUGAGUUUGAGUAAUAAUUUGAAUUUGCUGGCUAUUGCAAGGUUGCUUCAGUCUUUAAAUUUAAAAUUUUAUGAUAAUUAACAGGUUAAUAUUCAGACUUUGGAAAGUUUGGUAGCUCGAGGCAUUUGGUUGCCUUAGGUCCUGGAAAUACUUUUAAAAAAUCUGAUUUCCCAUGUUCAUUCUUUUCCUUUUUGGGGGAAGAAAAUGGACAUAGACAUCAGUUUUCCAAAUUAGUAGUCAUUUUGUUGUAAGGUUAUACAUUUUCAGUGCUAACCUCAUCAUCUAAGAAUGGACCGAAAUUUGCUCACAGGAAACAUGGAAAUUAAUGGGGGGGGUGUUACUUUUAACUCUCAAAGAUUGAAAUUUGACUUAGUGAUUUAUCUGUCAAGGCAUACAUGUGCCUUUGUCAGUGUUGUCUCAUUUUAACCUAAGGUGUGUUAGGUGCUUUCUCUGAAUGUAUUUAGGACUUAAUCUAGUUAAUAGUAGUUUCCAGCUUGAGAAGUUAAGUCUUUGAAGAGUUUAUUUUGCCAUGAAUAGAGAGAAAUAAAGUGAAAUUUAAUUACAGGCUGAAAUGUAUGAUCUUUUAAAAAGGUUGAAUCUGUUUAGAUCUAAAUUCUGUAUUGGAUUUCAAGAAAAUUUUAAGUUUCUGUAUUUGAGACCUGAAUUUAGCCUCAGUUUCUGGUUGAGUUAGGCAGGCUCUAGGAGACUUAACCAUUGUAAGAAAGGUAUAUUCUGUGUAAUAGUGUGUCCUGUUAAUAAUAAGCAUUUCAUAAAUAAACACUCAGAAU